UGACCGGCCCCAGCUGCCCGCAGGCGGACCGAGUCAGACUGCUCAGGUUCACGCGGGGUGACAGGACAGGUCUGACGCUCGGCGCCCGAGUUCUUUCCGAACCCUUCCUCCACCAUUCUCCCUGCAGAAUCAGGAGCUCGCGCGGCGGCCACGAUGAGCGGCUUGACCCAGAAUAUGCGGGAAUUAUUGAAGGCUCUGCAUAGCGUGCACGGCUUUGAUAGAGUUCUGGAAAAGGUGACUGUUGUCUCCGCCGCCCCUAAGAAAAUAAUCUGUGAGAUGAAGGUGGAGGAACAGCACACCAACAAAAUGGGCACUCUGCAUGGCGGCCUGACAGCCACCCUGGUCGACUGCAUAUCAACCAUGGCUCUGCUAUGCACAGAAGGAGCGCUGCCUGGAGUCAGUGUGGACAUGAACAUCACGUACAUGUCACCUGCUAAGAUAGGAGAAGAAAUACUGAUCACAGCACACGUCCUGAAACAAGGGAGAACACUCGCAUUUGCCUCCGUGGAUCUGACCAGUAAGGCCACCGGGAAAAUAAUAGCACAAGGCAGACACACAAAACACCUGGGAAACUGAGGCGGCCAGGAAGGCCCGAGGAAACCAACAGCAAGUUGAUUACUGAUGGCAGAUGUCAGAGGCAAAAACCAGCACAAAUGUGAAGACCACCAGCACCAAGCAUCGCCUGUGCCUUCGGAUACAUUAGCAUUGCAGUGUACAAUUGUCCUUCAUUCACAUUUCAGUAAGAUGCCGAUGCAAUGCAGCAAUCUGCAAAGCACCUUCUUUCACAGUCUGUGCAGAAGACAUCUAAUUAUUUUUUUUAAGUUCUGAGAUACAAAUGAUUAAAAUAAAUCCAGGAUGAACAGGUUUCAAAAUGCA